CAGAAACGUAAUCCAAAAUCAAUCCAAACAAAAUGGGAGCGUCGUUGGACACCCCGGCGACCUGUCCCCUGUGCAACGAGCUGACCCGGGAACCCGUCACCCUGAGAUGUAACCACCAGUUCUGCCAGCGGUGCAUCGGAGACUUGUGGAGUGUAACCCCGGACGGACCGUACCACUGUCCGGAGUGGAGGUGUAACACUGUGUACCAGACUCUGCCGUUUGAUGUGAAACUGCUGCCCGGCAACUUCCGCUGGGCUCCUCAGCCUCAAAACGCUGCAGGCACCUCGAGAUCUGCUGAACAAAAUACAAAAGACAAUUUGCGGCGGCCCUCCCUCACCAGCCGACUUCUUGGCAAGAGAAAAGCGAGCACACCUGUAUCAGAGCAACCUAACACAAAGCGAUCAACUGUGGCGUCUCCACAUGAGUGGUCCAAUGACGCAGCGACUCCCAGCACUUCCUUCUCAGAUACACCUGCACAGUCGACUAGUGUGGAGACAUCCAAGAAAGCAGUGCAACCAGAAUCCACACAGUCUAAUGGUGGUAAAGGUGCAUCCUCCGGUGACACUUCUGACAGCAACGCAGUACCUUAUAGUGAUGUGCCACAUGAUGACAUCUCAACCAAGUGGAACCAGCAUAAAUCAGUAGAUGUUGUCUCAUUGAAUGACUCGGACAACUCCGACGAAGUAGAUAUAUGUGAUGCACCUGCUAUUGCAACCCCCAAGAAAGACACACAAGCCACAGGAAUUCAUGCAUCACCAAAGAAACCUGCCAUGUCUGCCAACUCUGAUUCCUUCCCUGGGGUCUCAACUCCAGGUAAGUCUCCUGUACACAACGUCAGCAGGUCUCCCCUGAUAUCCACCAAACCUCCUAUUGUAGCUGCAGGAUCCCCAGGUCGUGCUGGGAUCUUCCCGCUGUCAGGGGGGAAAAAGACCAUCCCUGUGCCCUGCCAUUACUGCCCUAAAAUGAGGCCCCAGACCGCUGUAAAGACCUGUCUGGUGUGCGGAGCUUCCAUGUGUUCAGAGCAUCUGCGUUCCCACCUGGACUCCCCCGUCUUCCAGAAUCACACCUUGGUUCCUGCCAUGGAUGAUUUCUCCCCCUGGAGGUGCCAGGAGCACCAGGAGAUGAACCGUAUAUACUGUCGGCAGUGUGGAGUGUGCGUGUGCACGGUGUGUACGGUCAUCGGCUCCCACCGUGACCAUCUCUGCGUCAGCAUCAGGGAGGCAGAGAGAGAGCUCAGGGGAAAUCUAAAAGAUGAAAUCAAACAACUGCAGCAGGCUGAACAGGAAGUGAAGAACAACGUGGCUGAUCUCACACAGAAGAAAGAGACCUUCAGCGUGGUUUUGGGCAAGGCUCGAGCAGGGGUGCAGCAGCAAUACGGAGCCAUCAGAGAGGCCCUGGAGCAGGAGGAGCAGUCAGCUCUCCAGUGUGUGGCAAAGGAGGAGAAAAGGGUUUUGGGGGGGCUAGAGGAGAAACUGAGCCACCUCCAGAGCUCCCUGCAAUCCAUCCAGCAAGGCCUCCACGGCCUGGAGGAUCUAGCGGAUGCCAAGGGAGACCAACGCAUUCAGGACCAGGUCUUCAUCGUGGAAUACAGCAAGAUAGCCCACCUGGCUGCUAACAUGGGGAGCUGUGUGGGACAGUUAGAGACUCCAGAGGAAGUGGAUCAGGCUCGGCUGGCAUGCCUGCAGAGGUGGACCGAGAAACGCCUGGAAGAAGUCGUCAUCACUGUGCCAGGCAAAUAUGGAGACCUCUACAGACUGCUCUAUGGCACCGUCCCUAUAUUGGAUGCAGAAACAGCCCACCCCAAGCUGCAGCUGUCUGAUAACAACAGGAGGGUGACAUACAGCGAAGCCCAGCAGGCCUACACUGAUCACGAGGCUCGCUUCAGCUCAUUCCCACAGGUCCUGGCCUCCUCUGUCAUGGAGGGUGGUCGCUGGUACUGGGAGGUGAAUGUGCCUGAGGAUGAGGGCCGCUGGAAGGUGGGGCUGUGUGAGGGUCAGAUAGAGAGGAAAGGCCAAAAGGACAACUCUCGUCUGGGCUUCAACUCGUACUCCUGGUGCCUGGCCUUUGACAGAAAAAAGGUGGAAGCUCUGCACAACAAGGUGGCGGUUCCUGUGGAUGCAGACGGGCUGCAGCGGGUGGGAGUGUUCCUCGACUUUGAGGAGGGGAUUUUGUCAUUCUUCAAUGUGACACCAGGGGGCAGUCUAACUUUGAUGCAUUCCUACAAGCACAGGUUUACUGAUCCUCUCUUCCCAGCUUUGUCUGUGUCUAAAACCAAACUCUCCAUCUGUGAUCUUUUCCAAUCAUAAACCAUACUGCCAUGUCAGUUGUGCUGAAAAUGUACAUGUUAUUAUGUGCCUUUUUUAGAUAUGUGAAAACCACUAUGUUUUAAAACUCUCGGGGAUCAAAGUUACAUUUAUAACAUGAUAGUACUGGAAGCAUUACAUACCAGGAAUACCAUUCACUGUACAACACAAAUGCAGCAUAUCUUUUGUACAUGUUUUAUCUUCAUGCGUUUGCUUUUAGAUCUGGAAAAAACAAACAGAUACAUUGAUCUGAUCAUUUUUCCCUUGUCUUUUUACAAUAAUAAAAGCUUCAAAAGCAAAAGUAAACCAG